AUGUGGAAAGGUGAACCUGGUCUAGCUCAGCCUGAUGCGAUCAGUUUCAAUGGGGCACUGAAUGCCCUCGAGCGGCAAGCGCGUCCCGCGCGGGCGGACAGGCUCUUGAGGCAAAUGCUGCGCCUGCGGCGGCAGCCGGACGUCAACAGCUUUACGAGCUUGGCGGCGGCUCAUGGGCGGACCACAGGCUGGAAGAAGUCGCUGAACCUCUUCGCUCACGUGGUUGCUCGGGACCUGCGACCGGACGAGGCCCUUCUGGUGGGGAUCAGCUCGGCCUGUGGCAACCAGGGCUUUGACAAAGAAGCGGAGCUGCUGGGUGAGCCGCAGCCCUGGGAGCGAGCAGAGCUGCUGCUGGAGCAGCAGCGGGCGAGAUUUUUCGGCCUCUGGCGCGCUCGGCUCUACGGCGACUCUGCCAUGACGAGCCUCAGCAAUGGCCUGGUGAAAGGCUUCCAGUGGGCACGUGCCUUGGACUCCUUGGAGGUGGCCAAGCAGAGGGACCUGCUUAGCAUGAAAUCGUGUGGGGCCGUGCUCUCCGCGGCGCGGCACGCGGAGCGGUCGUGGGAAGUGGCCGCUGGGCUCCUGGAGGACAUGUCCCUGCGACGGCUGGAAGUGAGCAUCAUUGCGUUGCAGGCCGCUGUGGCCUCGAUGGCUGCGGACCCGCUGCGGCAGCAGCAAGGCUUCGAGGAGCUGCGUCGGCGGCUGCGGGAGACGGACGUGCCGAAGCAGGUGUUGGCCAGCAGUUCCUACGCGUUGCUCUAUCACGAGAUGCUGGACGGCCUGGUCGCAGCCAUGCUGGAUCGGCAGGUCUUGCGACCCUGCUUGCGGCGGCUCCACGGUCUGGCGUCCUCCAGUGACGGUUCCGUUGGCCCGAGGGCUGAUCCGGUCUUGGCCGCGCAAGCCUCCUUGGGCAGUGCGGCUCUGGAUCUCCAGCGCUGCUUCGCUCCACGCUCCGUCCUGCGUGAUCCUCGCCGGACGGCAGGCCGCCUGGCGACCCGGCGCUUGCAGCAUGAGCGAGGUCUUCGGUCGCACGGCGACCUCGAGGCCAAGUCCAUCUCGGCCUUUGUGGCCAGCAGCCUGGAUGCUUCUUCCGUUCGUGGCCGCCUCGUAGGCCACAGGAGCGACUUGGAGACCGAGGUCUCCCUGAUCUCGGUGCUGGCGGAGCAUGACCGCUCCCAGCACGCGGAGCGGCAGGCCUUGCUCUCCUUGGUUGAGGACAUCCCUCCAGGGGCGAAGCCUUUGGGCACCAUUCACCUGUACAUCAGCGCCCAUCCGUGCAUCAGCUGCACUGCGGUCUUCUUUCAGCUCGCCACCCUGUGGCCAGGAACUCGCUUGGAAGUGGCCUUCGAUGCCUGGGAAGAAACCAAGCGCUGGACAGGCCCGACAUGGCCCGACAUGGCCGUCUUCCGGGUGGCGCACGACCCCCCACCUGUGCGACCUGUCGAUGCUGAUGGUCCAGUGGAUGGGGCGGAGAAUGGUGAGCUGGGCCACUCGGCGGCGCAGCUGAUGGCGGCCAAGGUCACUGAACUGGAGGCCAAGCUUCUGGAAGCCGAGAAGCGUGCGCGCCAAGCGCAGGUCCACGAGUCCCCGGACGCCGCCUUGCGAUCCAGGGUCCGGGACCUCGAGCAACAGCUCAGUCGCGCGGAGGAGAACUCGGUGCGUCUCAAGGAAGCGGCCAGUCGCGCGGCCGAGCGCUUGCAAGAGCAAGCCAUGAAGGAGCGGCAGCUCGAGCGGCAGUUGGCAGACGCUUCCUUGAGCAGCAGCUGGUCCCGCAUGAUGGGCGCCGUCGAAGGGGUCUCCGGCACCUUCCGAGCGGCCACCAGUCGAUGCAUGCGGCCGCCGGGGGACCGAGAGCCGCUCUCAGGAGUGCUCCGAGCGCGUUGGAUCGGCCCUGAGCCGGAGGAGGCUCUGCUGCGUGCAGGGCUCUUGGGCUUGAGCGAGGCCAUCGGCACCGGCAGGCUCUUAGAAUUUCCCAGAAGAGCCAAUGGAACGCCGUUGCUGACGCGCCAGGGCUUCUUUGAGCGGCUUUUGAAAGGGGAGACCUCCUUCCUCAACUGCGCCGCGGCCGAUGCCUCGGCCGCUGAGGCAGAUGUCAAGCGCUUGGCACUCCAUCAACUCUUGGCGAUCAGGUGCCAAAACCUGGAAUGGAACCAGUCCGCGGCCAAGGGGCUGGGCUCCAAGGCGAGCUUCUUAAGUCUGGUGGACCGAUGCACCAUAGCACAGCUGGGACAACGCUUGUUUGGUCAGGAGAUUGAGGCCCUUAGUGAUGCCCAUCGCGCGCUGCUCUUGCGGCACAUCGUGUUGAUCUACGGAGCUGCACGAAGCCUGGCGAGUGAUGCAGGCGCUACCGUCUUCACCUCCCUUUUCCGUGCUCCGCUUUCCGGCGGCGUUCCGCCGGCGGAACUCAUGGACUUCUUCCCGGAGGUCGAAGGGGACCUGCCGCGCGAGCAGCUGGUGCUCUUGGUGCGCCAUGCUGAGAGCCGCUGGAACCGUGCUCAGGCGGCGAUGUCGCCGCUUGGGAUGCUUUGGGAGAAUGACCAUGGCCUCUCAGAGGAGGGACGGCGCCAGGCGGAAGAGCUGCGCCGAAAGCUUCACGAGGCGAAGGUUCAGGACCCGACCGCGGACCCUGCAGAGGCCUGGUGGGUCUCAAAGCUCUUGAGUCCUGAUGUCGUCUUCAGCUCGCCUUUCACGCGCGCCCUGCAGACGGCCAGCAUCGCGUUGCAGGAAACAGCGAAACGGUUAAACUGGGCCCGGCCCAUCCAUGGAGUGGACGGAAGUGGAAGGUGGAAGGAAGAUGAAGGAAUUGGAACCUUUAUAGCAUCCUCGUACCAACCAUUGUUGGUGCCACAUGCCUUAGCAACGCGAUUCCUGCUGGCGAACGGCAACACUUGGAGAAUUCCAAAGGGCAGUCGUAUCCCAUUGGAAUUUGGAUUCCUGAUUGGGCGGCCGGUUAUGCAGCAAACGCCCUUGUGGCAAUCCUUUUGGAGGAGGUCUUCGGUUUUAACACCACCGAGGCUGUUGGGUCCGGCACUCCAAGUGCCUUCUAUGCCACCAGCGCGUGUGCCGAUCCCAACAACCUCGAGGAGCCGCAGUGCGGCAAUGAUCAGGUGGCACGAUAUCAUGUCAGCCUUGAGUCAUGGACGUCCUACAACCCAGCUCUUUGGACAACGCUUCACGAGCAAUACCCUACAGCACUGCCCAACCCGAGCAGAUGCUGGAUGUUUGAUCGCGCAUAUGUUUGGAGUCAUUUCAACCUUCGUACCGACCUUGGACAUCAAGAAGGCAUAUCAGAGUGAAGGCUUGAACUUGUUGUACUUCCGCAACUGGAAUGCUUCAUGGUAUAAGCCCUACAAGUACUUUGACUCGCUCUCGAUGAUCAAUGCCUCAAAAGUGGUGAAAUUAUGCAGUGACAAGACCAAUUUCUUGUCGCAUGAUUCCAUUAUGCAGCGCCAUGUGAAGUGGACUGGAGAUGCCGAUGGGGUCUUGAUCAACAACGGUGUCUAUGCUGGAAGAUGUGACGAUGGAUAUUGGUGGACGGCUCCUUCCUGCCGAUCGAACACGACAGAAUGCGUCCCAUGGGUCACGGGUGGCUUCGGCUGGGGAAUCGAGGAAUACAUGCAAAAGAGCACGAUCUUCCAGAUCCCGAUGGCCAUUGGGGUGGCACUUUCAUGGGCGACCUACACAGAGUUUCCAUUUUGGCAUCCCAAGUCGCACUUCUAUUGGUGGAUUCCGGAUCCCACCUUUCUGGAGCUUCAGCCGCUUCAGAUGAUUUUUCCACCGCAUGACCGAAUCGCCUACAGCAAAGGUGACAUGUCCUCGGCGACCUCCUCGGUGUCGAUCGACAAGUUGGUGAGUAAAGACCUCAGUCUGUUGGCGCCCAACGUGGAAAGCUUCCUGAGCAACCUGAAGGUGACGAUGGCACAAAUGGACCAGGUCUUACUGGAUCAGAAGAACACCAGUGACAGUUGGAGGGACACCAUGUGCCGUUGGUUGCAUGCGAACACAGAGGUCUGGCAAUCCUGGAUCCCAGAUGAGAGUCGAUGCUUCCCUGGCUUUGGACUCUACGACACGGUGCUGGAAAGCUUCACGGAGCAACGUGUGAACACCAGCAACAAGAUCGUGUGUCAGGCUUGCGCUUCGGGCACCUUCUCUCAAGCCUUGUCUGAUUCGAUCGGGGAGACCUAUAUUUGCGUGCCCUGCCCUUUGGGCACCAGCCAAGACUUGGGCGCAGCGCAGUUCUGCAAGCCAUGCAAGUCAGGUGAGUACCAGGAUGAGAUUGGAAGCAGGACGUGUAAACGCUGCAGCAUCGGCAACUAUCAGGAUGAAUCGGGGGCCGAGAUCUGCAAGAGUUGUCCAGUGGACACCACCACGUUGGGCUUGGGCUCUGUGGCUGCAAGCGACUGUGGUUGCAAAGCAGAUCACAUCGACGUGAACAUCGAUCAAGGCGUCAUCCAGUGCCAAAGGUGCAGCGAAGGUUUGCGUUGCCCGAUUCUAUCCAACCUGGUGGACCUCCAGCGCGGUGCCAGUGACCUGGGGCCAGACUAUGUGCCUCAGGUGAAAGCGGGCUAUUUCAGCGCCGUGCACAGCCCCACGGAGGUCUAUUUCUGCAGCGGCAGCGACGUCUGCCCGGGCGGCGCGCCUGGGAGCUGCACCGGGGGCCUGGUCGACACACCAUGUGCUCAAUGCACUGCAGGCAGCACGUGGACAGGAAGUGCGUGCGAAAGCUGCGGAGUGUGGCGUCAAGCCCUUUGGGUCUGUGCCAUCAUCGGUGUUUUCGUCUUUGUGAUGCUGCUGUACUGGCUGACGAGCAGCCACGUCACCGCCAAAGCGACCGUGCUUUUUGCCGUGUCCGCGUCGGUGGGCAUGCUGGUGAUGUCCAUGCAGAACCUGGGGCUGAUUGGGAUGAUGACGGUUCAAUGGCCAGAAGAUCUUAAAGGCUUCUUCAGCAUUUGCCAAUUCCUCUUGCUCGACAUUGACAGUUACGGCUUCAGCUGCAUUGCAGGUACCGAUGCAACCACACGCUACUUGUUGAGCGCACUGAUCUUCCCGGCAGCCGUUGCAUGGCUGGGCCUUUGCUACGGUGCGUCCCGCUUGCUUUCGGAGCAUUGGACCAAACGACACCCGCCGGAGGAACGUCAGACGGGGCAACGCUCCGUGAGUGGCAUUGCGGCGGCCAUGGGGAUCAUGUGUGUGAUGACGACGAGUGCAUUGAUCUACCGGACAGCCUUGGGAGGAAAGCAGGAGAUCUUCUUCUUCAACCUGGGCACUGUGCCAAGCGCGGAGAAGUUGGCGCCACUCUGCAAGAUGAUGGCUGUGAAGUUGCGGGACAUGGACGUUGAUGUUCUCUCUGCCAAGCUCGCGGCCUUGGCGGUCUUUGACAUGAGGAAGGUCACUACCUGCAUUACCCUGCUCGCCACAGAGGUGGCACCUCCCAAUGAAGAUGCCGUGACGUUCAAGUUUGAUGCGCGCAUCAACUCCAGCUCCUUCGAUCCGAGUCUGGUGAAGCCCACUGUCAAGUUGCAGCCGCCAAACUCGAACCUGAACUUGCCGAACGAGGAGGAGGCGACAGGCUUGGAGCCGCAGCUCGCUGCGCGUUUUCCGUUGCAAAGUGAAUGGGUUUGA